CCGACCGACCGACCCGACGGCGGACAACGCGGAUCGCCACCGGUGGCGUCGUCCUACGUCCAACCGAUACACUCCGCGUACGGAAUAAACCUAUGUUUUAAGUACCUAUACGUACGUUGACGUGCGUCCGUUGCCCGUGUCGCGAGUGUCUAAUAGCGACUAAAUGAAUUUGCAUCGGAGAUCGAGUCUCGAGAAUUCAUCGUCGCCGAGAGACGAGCGUGAGCUCGAAGAGGAAUCAUUUGCCGUCCAUGUAAAAAUCACUAACUAGACUGCCCUCUCCCCCGCUCUCCUCCGUUAUAUAGUUGGAUGGUAUUAGAUCCCAAGGUCACUAGUUUGCACAACGAUUACGGAAGUUUCGAUCGACCGUUGGGCGCCGGGGAGGGCCACGAGAGGGACGUUGAAGCGGCGGUUGAUGGAAGCAGCAGCGGGAUGGCACAGUCCAGCGAUGUUUAUCAACGGCAACCGCUCUUGCCCGGCGCACCGUUAUCCAAAAGUAAGGACAAGUGGUCCGGAGUGGCCUCGGGUUCGGAAUACUACGAGGAUGAUGAGGACGAAAAGGACAUCGAAGGUCUGGGUAGACAUCCUGGGAUACCGAAUGGUUCCAGCAGUGGCAUGGUCAAGAUCGACAUGCCGGCGCCCCUACGCGAAGAGCCACGUUUCCCCAAGGAAAAAUGGAAAACGUUUCUCGCAUUUCUCUUUAUGGUUGUAAACUUCAUACUAACGACGGCUUCCCUCGCAAUGGUACACGAGCGCGUCCCAGACAGAAACACGUAUGGACCGCUUCCCGAUGUGGUACUAGACAAUGUCAAUGCUCAGGAUUGGGCGCUUAAUGUCUCGGAAGUCUUGAUUAUGAUCAUGUCCAAUUCCGCGAUGGUUUUUAUUAUUUUUCAUAAACAUAGAUUCAUAGUAGCUAGACGAAUAUUUUUGCUGAUGGGCUUACUCUACAUGAUGAGAAGCGUUACAAUGUACGUGACGGUCUUACCGAUCGCCAGUAAAACUUACUAUUGUAGCCCGAAGGCGAACAACACCAGUCCGCUUCUCGUGACAAAGAGAGUCUUGCAGCUCAUCUCCGGCUUCGGUUUGUCUAUUAAUGGCAAGCACACUUAUUGCGGAGAUUACAUUUACAGUGGGCACACGGUUGUGCUUGUACUCAGUUACCUGAUUAUUAAGGAGUAUUCUCCAAGGAGAUGUCAACCGAUUCAUUGGUUAGCUAGUUUAGCGGUACUCGUCGGGGUAAUUAUGGUCUUGGUAGCUCAUGGCCAUUAUACCGUGGAUGUACUUAUAGCUUACUACGUUACUACGCGUCUGUGGUAUAUUUAUCACACGCUAGCCAAUAAUUCAAAUCUCAAGCAAUACGGACCAAACAACUUUUUGGCCCGUCUCUGGUGGUUCUCUAUUUUCAAGUAUUUUGAGAAAAAUGUGGGCGGAACAGUGCCACGACAAUACGACUGGCCUCUACCUUGGCCUCGACGGUUUCUUGCCAAGCAUCCUAACCGGGACAGUUAAUACUUAUCUUGGUUUUAUGAUAGAGGCUGUUAAAAACAAAGGAGUUACUUUUGUUGUAUAUAUUUUACACAAUACACUCAUAUAACACAUACACAUACAUACAUAUCCCACACAUACAUACGCACGCAUUCACAAAUGUAUGUAUAUAAAUCGAGGCUUGUUAACAUGGAGUCACUAAAGAAUAUGCAUGGGACAUACGGUUGUUUUCAGAGUAAUCGCGCAUUCAUUGUUGAAACAUGAAUUUUGUGUUGUUCACCUCUGUAUAAUUCAAUCGUGAAUUUAUAUAGACACAGUACCCGUGCUCUUUCACGUAAAAUUAUCGUCCAGUC